AUGUUUCUUCUUAAUACUUCCGCGGCUCUGGCCGCAUUGUUUGCUAGCAUGGUCACUGCCUUUCCCAACUUGCCCUUUGUUGUUGAUGGCCCUAAGAUGAUUGACACGACUGGAGCUUCCGUUAAGUUCGCUGGAACAAACUGGCCAGGUCACGGAGAAGUUAUGAUCCCUGAAGGAUUGCAGUACCAAUCUAUCGAGAAAAUUGUUUCCGACAUCAAGAGCCUUGGAAUGAACGCCGUUCGUCUGACCUAUGCCAUUGAAAUGAUUGACCAGAUCUAUGCCAAUGACGGAGAAGAUAUUGAUAUCAAAACAGCAUUCACUGCUGGUCUGGGCGCAACUAAUGGGACUGUGGCGCUGAACAGCGUACUGGCAAAUAAUCCGCAGUUCACGGAGAGUACAACGAGACUUGAGGUCUAUGACGCUGUCACAAAGGAGCUUGCCAAGAACGAGAUUUAUGUCAAUCUUGACAACCAUAUGUCUAGCGGCAAAUGGUGUUGUUCUGGGGGCGACGGCAACACCUGGUGGGGAGACACAUAUUUCGAUGCAGACAACUGGGUUCGAGGGCUUUCCUACAUGGCUAAUCAUGGGUUGUCUUGGAGCAACUUGGCGUCCAUGUCGCUUCGCAACGAACUCCGCCAGCCAACAAACAAUGAAGCUGUCAAGGCUACAUACAACUGGGAGACUUGGUACAAACAUAUCCGUGAAGGCUCAGCCGCCGUGCAUGCAGCUAACCCAGACGUCCUGGUCAUCCUUUCUGGUCUGAACUACGACACCACCAUGCAGCCUGUUGUCAGGGGGCAAGCUCUCUCACCGGGAACUGCCACUUUUAGCUUUGAUGACUUUGCCGGGUUCAAGAACAAGUUGGUCAUUGAGCUUCACAACUACGACAGAAGUGCAUCGUCUUGCUCUGCUCUCUCAGGCUCCCUUUACAACGGCGGAGCGCAGGCCAUGAACCCUGACGAGGCAAGCACCGUGAACGUCUUCCCGGUCUUGGUGACUGAGUUUGGGUUCCCGCAAGACGGAAGCUCUUGGCAGACUGUCUAUGUGACCUGCUUGGCCGAAUGGAUGCCCAACAACACGGCCGGGUGGUUCCAGUGGGUUGUGGUCGGCAGCUACAUGAUCCGAUCGGGCGUGCAGGACUAUGACGAAUCUUGGGGACUGUACAACCAUGACUGGUCGGCGUGGAGGGAUAGUGCGUAUAUCAACAACGUGCUUAUCCCAUCUGUGGAAGCAACGGUUGGAGAUGGCUGUCGUUUCGAACAUCCCAGUGGUGGAAACAGGAACCAGACCUCCAAUCGCUUCGGCGGAGGAGGCAAUGUCAGCGGAAACCAAAAUGCGCUCGACAAGUAUAAGAUUUCGGUAGAGACGAUAGAAGCGGAUCUAACGACUGAUACACCACAAUGGAUCCUAUCCGCCUAUGCGCCCGGCAAAGAUCCCCCCGAGCAAUUAUUUGGUGGUUUCCCACGGGAGCAGAGCUUUGAGGAGAUGAGGUUCCAUUUCUACCAAGCCCGCGCUGCCGGCAAUGAGCAGCAGGCUCUCAACCAAGCUCAGGAGCUAUAUCAAACCGCCCAACAACAGAAUCAAAAUGCUCUUCGCAACAUUCGAGAUGCGAUGAAUUUCAUCGUCCAAGGAGAAAACCGACAUCCAAAUCGGCACGACCUCUGUAACCAGGGCACCCAGGGCCAGCCGUUUGGCGAGUUUCUUGUAGGCAAGAGACCCAAGACUACCAUUGCUGAAGCUGCUGCGGCCAAUCCAUUCUCAUCAAACAAUUCGAACACGCCGUCUGCCUUUGGUGGAGGAGCAGCUACCGGCUCAAGCGCAUUCGGUCAGCCUUCUACCCUUGGCCAACGACCAAGUGCUUUCGGUGCACCCGCCUUUGGGCAGCCUUCUCAACCAACGUCGACUUUCGGACAGUCUGCGCAACCCAGUUCCGGUGGCUCGGCGUUUGGCCAGCCGUCUCAACCCAGCUCAACUUUUGGACAACCAUCUCAACCAUCAUCAGCAUUCGGACAGUCAUCUCAGCCAUCAUCAGCAUUCGGACAGCCGUCUCAACCCGCAUCUGCGUUUGGGCAGCCCUCAGCUCUUGGGGCAAAGCCCAGUCCCUUCGGAGCCCCAUCUUUUGGCCAACCAUCGCAACCAAACGCGCAGGGUAGUGCCUUUGGUCAGCCAAGCCAGCUCGGACAGAAGCCGAACCCUUUCAGUACUGCCACACCCAGCCCCUUUGGAAGUAACACCAACAAUGCCCCGGCUGCCAAUCCCUUCGGUGGAGGAGGAUCGAAUCAAAACAAUACUGCAACUAAUGCGUUUGGAGGCAGUGGGAAUAAUCAGGCACAGAGCAACCCCAGCCCUUUCGGGCAACCAUCUCAGAACAAUACUCAGGGCAGUGCUUUCGGUCAACCCAGUGCUCUUGGCCAGAAGCCGAACCCAUUCGCAGCCGCACAGCCACCUGCUCAAGAUGGAAAUUCUCCAUUUGGUGCCAAGCCAGCAGCGCCUUCAGGAUUCAGCCAGAAACCCCAAGAAAACAACCCAUUUGCCCAGCCCGCCAAUGCUGGAGCAGCCCCCGCAAAUCCAUUUGGAACACACCAGCCGCAGCAGAACGUUGAGACUGGUCCCCAGGCCAACCCCUAUCCAUCUGAUAGUACCAGACAACACCCGCCUCUCGACAGUUACGCGUCUAAGGGUAUGGAUGGUAGGUUGACCAUGUUUAAAGGCAAGCCAGUCACCUACAAGGACGGUCUGCCCGGGAUCAGGCAAUUUGAUGGGACAUGGCAGCGGAUUUGGUUUCCCAAUGGUCCACCAAGCUUUUACAAGGAUACUGCCUUGCCUUUGGAGAAAUCUGAUGAUAAGACAAAGGCACAAUGGGCCGCAUUUGCGCAGAGUGGCAACUUUGCUGAUGGAGUCAUGCCUGCGCUCCCGCCACCACGGGAUUGCACUCUGUGGAACUUUUGA